AUGUCCCAUAUAUCGAAUGACCCAGUAGCGGCAGGUGCGCCAGAUGAAGAAAGACCGAUAAAGAAGUCCUGGACGGAGUUCUCUAAAGGUGCUUUGAAAGAAUUAGACAAGGAUACGUCGAAACGAAGGCUCCCCACAUUCAACCGUCUAGAUCCUGGAAAUCUACGGGAAUGGAUGGCGGCUAUCCUACAAUAUGGGAAAGUCAAGGGCUGGAAGUUAGAUGAAUCUUUUAUCAUUCUAGCAAUGAUUCAAAUGGAGUUCGAGACCUCUCGACUCCUGGCACAUCAUUUACCAUCUACGAGAGGCUAUAGUUGGGCCGCUUUUGAGAAAGAGAUGUUUGAUUCGUUCCCGUCGAUUAGGGAUUUAGAAAUAGGAGCACUGGAGAAUUUAGAUCUGUUGAAGGCUAGGUUCUCUGGUAUAGGAGAAGAACAGCUACAAAAGCUUACUUCGUUUAAUAUGGAGUUUGAGUUUGAAGCAGACAAACUUGCAGGAAGUUUGUCAAAUCGAGAGAAAGUACAGAAGUUUGCGGAAUGUCUAGACCCGACAUUCUGGCGAGAGAUCAGAAAGAGGCUACGGGACCCUCACUACGUUCGAAACCUGCAGGCAGAAAAGCCCGUAGAAGUAAAUAGUGGGUGGGUGGCUUCCCAGCUAGACCCUUUUGCUUUCUCCCAAGUUAGGGAUAUGGCUUUGACCAUAAGUAAUGAGUUAGUAGGCGAUUGCUACGCACCUCAGGGCUUAGAUCCUGUUAGCUAUACUCUAGGAGUGAAAGCGGCUCCCGUAGGAACCCCUUUGAUCACUCGUGCAAAAAUCGAGCCUACGAUAGCUCCAUUGUCUUCGUACAAGAAGGAAAUAGCUUCUGAUGAGUUGACAAUGAAACUUUUGGCCUCCGUAGACGCACAGAAUACUCGAAUGAACGACUUCGCGCAUGCAGUUUCUGAGCUUUCGAAGAAGAUGCCUGACUUCAGUCAGCCUAACUUCUACAAAAACAUGCAAGCUAUGGCGUAUCAUAAUGGAAGCCAAGGGCAGAGUAGCGGUGGAUCUAGGCCUUCGAACCAGAUCGCAUCCAACUCUACGGCCGCGGGGCAGCCAUAUAGGGCGCCUACGGACAAAAAUUGGAUUAUUUGUGAUGAACCCGGGCAUUUCUGGAGAGAAUGCAGGCAAGCACAAGAGCUAUCCCAGAAGAAGUGGAUAGUUAAGAAUGAACAUACGAAUAGAUUGGAGAUGUACGAUGGGAAUAACCUCCCACCGCCUGAUCCAGUAAAGAAAGAGUCGCGAGCAGACAGAAUUAGAGCUAUCGCUAGAGAGAAGGGAUGGCCAGGUGCUGAAAAGACCAGUUUCUUCUUACAAGGAGACUUGGAUCUUGAUGAUGAUCUCCCAGACCGUCAAUCUGUGCCUACAAUAGAAGUUUUGCUACAGAGAAUUGCUGCUUUGGAGGUAGAGACUCAUAAGAGAGAUAGAUCUCGAGAUACCCAGAGGAGACCGGAGGACCCCAAAAAAAUAAAAUUACCACCAAAACCCCAAGUAGUAAUAUCUACGCCGUCAUUCUUAAGGAAACAACCGUAUGUGAUACCCCAGAGAAAGCCUUUCGAAGAAGAGGUCUCUGAAGAAGAAGAAGCAGAAUCGGAUGAAGAAGAACCUCCGUCGCAGGUCGAUAGACGUCCUUCUACUCCGCCGCCUAGAGUAUUCGAUAAAAUUCAACCCGUAGAACGUGUCCCACAACCAAGGGAUUCUGUAUUGCCCCGAAGCGUAAUUCCUGAAGACAAGGGUGCUUCAAAAUCUAAGAAGGUUCAGUCCGAAAAUGUGAAGAAAGCGUCUACGGAAAAUCUUCAAAAUGUUGAAACGAAAAGAUAUAAGCAACGGGUGAUACAAGACCUAAUUGACCAAAUGAUGGCCAAUCCGGCUAGUGUCUGCUUGAACAAGCUCACGGCUUCAGAAGAGUUCCGAAAGGCAUUGCUACGGCGAGUUAGGAAUAAGCACGUUCGAACGAAGAACUAUAAAGCAUUCCUUCAGACGUUAGACUAUCCGAUAAAAGACUCUACGGCAGCUGAGGAACCUUUUGAUGAAGAAGCGGAGUUUGUGAAAGUAGAUAAUAUUGAGACCGUAGAUUCGUUCGAAACCUUAGAAGAGGAAGAAGACGGAUUGGAAGCGGGAUCAGUAGUUCACCGAGAUGUUGUGGAAGUUUAUCGCACCGAGUUAGAUUCUGAAGAAAAACAGAAGGUCGUGAUAGUAGCUGGAUUGUCCGAGGGACUCAGAUGUGUUUUUCCUGAGGUUAACGGUUCUACGGAAAGAGUAGAAGCGGUGAUCGAUGGUGGAUCGCAAAUAAUUGCGAUUGACGCAUGGGUUGCUCAAGGAUUAGGCUUGCAAUGGGAUCCGAAUUCAGUGAUUCACAUGCAGUCGGCCAAUGGACAGCUGAAACCAACACUGGGAGUGUGCAGAAAUGUACCUUUCAAGUUUGGUGAAGUAACAGUAUACUUGCAACUUCAUGUGGUGGAGAAAGCUCCCUUUCAGAUUCUCUUGGGUAGACCUUUCGAUGUCCUAACGGAAUCAAAAGUGCAAAACUUCAAGGAUGGAGAUCAGUGGGUUACGGUUUCAUGCCCAAACAAAGGAAUUCAAAGUGUCAUCCCUACAUACAUGAGAGGGGAAGGCAUUAAGAUAAAACCUAAGCGGGAACCAACCCUACGGACGCAGAGUUCAGAGGAAGCGCAGAAAGAAAGAGAACAACGAGGGACUGAAUCUUCAAAUUUUCAGUCCACCUUGAUGAAUUGA